GCGACGCGCUGCAGCUCUCCUCCUCUCCAAAUUCAGCGCGCUCCACUUCUCCUCUCUCUAGCCGUGUGCCUGCGUACAGACGGACCUACCGACCGCGUAAAAUACGCUUUUAUCUCGCACUAGACGGACAAUAAGGACACAGAUGUCUCCACUAUUCACUUUAGGAGCGUUUCCGCACUGAAUUGAAUUACCGGUACAUUCAUCACGCCUUCGUUUUGUCACCAUUUUAAAUGAAAAAAAUGACAUUGGCGUGGAAUUGUGGUGGACGGUUUUACUUGAAAGUGUGGACGUGCUUUUUCAGCCUUGCAGUGCUCAGGACUCUCUCUAUACCUGCUAAUGAAGUGAACUUGCUGGACUCUCGCUCUGUCAUGGGGGACCUUGGGUGGAUAGCUUACCCAAAGAAUGGGUGGGAGGAGAUAGGUGAGGUGGAUGAGAACUAUGCUCCCAUCCACACGUACCAGGUGUGUAAAGUGAUGGAACACAACCAGAACAACUGGCUGCAGACUAACCUCAUCCUCAACGAGGGAGCUCAAAGAGUGUUCGUGGAGCUACAGUUCACCCUGAGGGACUGUAACAGCCUUCCGGGUGGCGUUGGUACCUGCAAAGAGACCUUCAACAUGUACUACUACGAGUCUAACGAUGAGGAGGGGAGGUAUCUCAGGGAAAGCCAGUACUCUAAGGUAGACACCAUAGCUGCUGACGAGAGCUUUACGGAGUUAGACCUGGGAGACAGAGUGAUGAAGCUGAAUACAGAGGUAAGAGAUCUGGGACCGUUGAUGAAGAAGGGCUUCUACUUGGCGUUUCAGGACCUGGGAGCCUGCGUAGCGUUGCUAUCCGUCAGGGUCUUCUAUAAGAAGUGUCCCUUCAUAGUGAGGAACCUAGCUCAGUUCCAGGACACAAUUACAGGGUCGGACUCCUCCCAGCUGCUGGAGGUGGCAGGAAAAUGUGUCAACAACUCGGUGGCGGAGGACCUACCCAGGAUGCACUGCAGCGCAGAGGGGGAGUGGCUAGUGCCCAUCGGGAAGUGUGUGUGCCAGGCGGGGUUUGAGGAAGUGAACGACAGUUGUCAAGUCUGCAGAGCGGGUUUCUUCCGAUCGGUGCUGCAGACCCCUGCCUGCAGUAAAUGUCCUCCUCACAGCUUUGCCAGAGUCCAGGGUUCCAUAGCCUGUACCUGUGAGGAUGGAUACUACAGGAGAGACAGUGACCCGCCCAACAUGGCCUGUACACGACCGCCUUCUGCUCCUCGUAAUGCCAUUUCCAAUGUAAACGAGACGUCGGUCUUCCUGGAGUGGGCGGUUCCUGAGGAGACUGGCGGCAGGAAGGACGUCAGCUAUAACAUCCUGUGUCGUAAGAUCAGCGUUGACAGCAGACGCUACGAGGAGUGUGACAGCACGGUGCGGUUCCUGCCACAACGCAACAGUCUCAGGAACAACUCUGUGAUGGUGGCAGACCUUCUGGCUCACACGAACUAUACGUUCGAGGUAGAGGCCGUCAAUGGAGUGUCUGAGCUCACCAACCCCGGACGACAGUUUGUCUCUCUCAACGUCACCACCAACCAGGCAGCCCCGUCUCCUGUGAGUGUGGUGAGGAAAGGGAAUUCUGGGAAGAACAGUAUCGCUGUGUCGUGGCAGGAGCCAGACAGACCUAACGGGAUAAUCCUGGAGUACGAGAUCAAAUACUUUGAGAAGGACCAGGAAACCAGCUACACUAUCAUUAAGUGUAAGGAAACAGAGCUCGUGGCUGACGGGCUGAAGCCAUCAUCAGUCUACAUAUUCCAGAUCAGAGCCAGAACAUCAGCCGGGUACGGAGGAUUCAGCCGGCGCUUCGAGUUCGAGACCAGCCCCUACACAGUAGCUGCAUCCAGUGACCGGUCGCAGUUCCCCAUCGUCGCUGUAGCCAUCACUGUAGGCGUUAUACUACUGGCCCUGGUGACUGGCUUACUGCUUAGUGGAAGGCGGUGUGGCUACAGCAAGGCCAAGCAGGAACCUGAUGAAGAGAAGAUACACUUCCACAACGGCCACAUUAUGUACCCGGGGGUGCGUACGUAUAUCGACCCCCACACCUACGAGGACCCCAACCAGGCCGUCCAUGAGUUCGCCAAGGAGAUCGAUGUUUCCUGCAUCACAAUUGAGAGAGUCAUCGGAGCUGGUGAGUUUGGGGAGGUGUGCAGCGGCCCACUCCGUCUGCCUGGUAAGAAGGAGUUCCCAGUAGCCAUUAAGACCUUGAAGGCAGGUUACACAGAACGACAAAGGCGGGACUUCCUAGGGGAGGCGUCCAUCAUGGGACAGUUUGAUCAUCCAAACAUCAUCCACCUGGAAGGCGUGGUCACCAAGACAAAACCUGUGAUGAUCAUCACGGAGUACAUGGAGAACGGAUCACUGGACACCUUCCUCAAGAAGAACGAUGGCCAGUUCACAGUGAUCCAGCUGGUUGGGAUGCUGCGUGGUAUGGCGUCAGGCAUGCGCUACCUGUCUGACAUUGGAUAUGUGCACCGGGACCUGGCGGCGCGUAACAUCCUGGUCAACAGCAACCUGGUGUGUAAGGUGUCUGACUUUGGCCUGUCCAGAGUCCUGGAGGACGAUGCAGAGGCUGCAUAUACGACCAGGGGCGGUAAAAUCCCGAUCCGCUGGACUGCUCCAGAAGCGAUCGCGUUCAGGAAGUUCACCUCCGCCUCUGACGUGUGGAGCUACGGCAUCGCCAUGUGGGAAGUGAUGUCAUAUGGAGAGAGACCCUACUGGGAGAUGAGUAACCAGGAUGUUAUUAAGGCAGUUGAGGAGAGCUACCGUCUCCCUGGCCCUAUGGACUGUCCUGUAGUUCUGUACCACCUGAUGAUGGCCUGCUGGCAGAAGGACAGGAACAGCAGACCCAAGUUUGAGGAGAUCGUCUGUAUACUAGACAAACUGAUACGCAACCCCAGCAGUCUCAAAGCCCUGGUCAACUCAUCACACAGGGUGUCUAAUCUAGUGGAGCCUGGCAGUGUGGACUCAGAGGCCAGCGUGUCUGCGUCAGUAGCCCUGAUGGAGGCCACUGGCUACCAGUCUGGAGGCCUGAGGGAGGCCAUUGGCUACCAGUCAAUAGAGGAGUGGCUGAAGGGGAUCAAGAUGGGUCGCUACGUGGAGCUUUUCAUGGACAGUGGAUACACCUCAGUGGAAGUGGUCUCCCACAUGACCCUGGAUGAUCUGAGGAGGGUUGGAGUGAACCUGGUCGGACAUCAGAAGAAGAUAAUCAACAGCAUCCAGGAGAUGAGAGUUAGCCUGGUGAAUAAUACUAUACCAAUCUAACCUUUGACCCCUUACCCUACAACCAGAUGUACAGUAUGGACACUGCAGUACCAAUCUGACCUUUGAACCUAGGGUCAGACAUGAUGAACUUUACAGUACCAAUCUGAACCUACUCCCAACAGGCAGACAGAUAGACAUAUGGAUCUAGUGGCCUAGAACUUUUCUAUGAAUAUAUGAUCAUGAUGUAUUUAUUGACUGAAAUACAACGGGACACGACUUGAUGAAGUGAGGAACACUGAAGAGCGCUUGGUGUUGAACAGUUGUGUUUUUGUGACCUGAACUGGGUGAAGUGAGAGGAGGAGACUCUGUGUAGUAAAAUACUCUCAGGGAUGGAAGUCACUGGCCAGCCGGGCUAGUAAACGGUGAAUUAUACGAGCCCGGGUAACAUUCGGUUCCAAAAUCUGUGCCAUGAAAUGAUUUAAAAGACCAUCUUGUUUGGCACAUUUUCUCCUUGUCCAGUCUGAACAGCGCUAGCUGAGUACUCUUCCUGGAUGGGACUCAGACAUGGGAGUCAGUCUCUUGGCUGAAUGUAUGGCACUUCAGAAACCCCAGCAGCUACACACAGUCUAUUACCUCUAGACAGCCAACCUACAUUACUGAAAACAUCAUCAACAGUAAUACAGAGAAUAACUUUCAGCACUUUUACAGAACUCACAGAUGUCCUACGGAACCCAUAUACAUCCUACUGAACCCAAGAAUGUCCUACAGAACCCACAGAUGUCCUACAGAACCCACAGAUGUCCUACAGAACCCACAGAUGCCCUACUGAACCCAAAAAUGUCCUACAGAACCCACAGAUGUCCUACUGAACCCACAGAUGUCCUACUGAACCCACAGAUGUCCUACUGAACCCACAGAUAUCAUACUGAACCCACAGAUGUCCUACUGAACCCACAGAUGUCCUACUGAACCCACAUAUAUCCUACUGAACCCACAGAUGUCCUACUGAACCCACAGAUGUCCUACUGAACCCACAGAUGUCCUACUGAACCCGCAGAUGUCCUACUGAACCCGCAGAUGUCCUACUGAACCCACAGAUGUCAGAACCCACAGAUGUCAGAACCCACAGAUGUCCUACUGAACCCGCAGAUGUCAGAACCCACAGAUGUCCUACUGAACCCACAGAUGUCCUACUGACAUCCUGCAGUAUCUACAAACAUCCUUAAGAACUUUCAGACAAACUACGGAACUUGCCGCACUCCAACAGAAAAACGACUGUUUCAACAUAAUCAGACAUCCUACAGAAUUGUACAGAACUUCCAGUGUUCCAUAGAUCCACAUGCAUCCUAUAGAGAAAUAAAACAUAUUGCAGUCUAUCAGAACCUUCAGAUAACCGACAGAACCUCCAGGAACCUACCAGAACAUCCAUACUUCCAACAGAACUUCCAACAGAACCUUUAAAUGGAACUUUCAGAAAUCCAUACAAAUCUCCAGAACUGUCAUUCAACGGAACAUACCAAUAGAACCAAUCCAGAAGUUUCUACCACGUCUAACAGCACAUUCUAUUGAUUUGCUAGUUGGUUAUCUAUGAGACUUUCCUCUGCACAUCAAGCUUCAUCACACCCCCUCCACUUUAUCCACUACCCUACAGAGAUUGGACUGUGUUUGUGCAGAAAGACUGUUUUUCAUACGAACAUGUAUUAUUUUGGUGGGCAACUCCUGAGUAUUAAGAAGCAAUAUAGACUUUUAGCUUGGUAUUAGUAAUUUAUUUGUAACUUUUUAUUCUAUAAAAGCAUUUGUAUGUGUGUAGUAUUUCUUCCUGACUACAAAACCCCUGGCCCAUGACCUCACUCUCUGAGGGUGUCUCAGGGGGAGUGGGAUAUGCAAAAACACAUUUCCAAUUCACACCGUGUAUAACACACACGGGUACAUGUGUGAAAUAGGACAAAUGUAAGCACCCACGUAAUUCUUCUUCUUCUUCUUCUUGUUAUACAUGUCGUAGGAGGUAAUGCAUUAUUAUAAAGCAAGUCUCCGGUCAAAAUCAAAUCCACAACCGUCAGUCGGUGGAUCAUUAUUUGACUUUAACGUUGUAUAUACUAGAUAGUAAAACCAAGGAAGCUUUGUUUUCUCUCCUCCUUCUUUAUACUGGAGAACAUUACAUACCGGGUUAAUGUAGAGAAUAUGUACACUCUCAGAAAAAAGAGUUACAAAAGGGUUCUUUGGCUGUCCCCAUAAGAGAACCCUUUGAGGAAUUCCUUUUUGGUUCCAGGUAGAGCUCUUUUGGGUUCCAUGUAGAACCCUCUGUGUAAAGGGUUCUGCCUGGAACCUAAUAGGGGUUUUCCUAUAAGGACAGCUUUGUGUUCUAGAUAGCACCUUUUGUUAAGAGUGUAGAGUUACGAUUUAAUACAUGCUUACAUCACUACUCAGUGCUUUAUUGGUUGAACUUGAUCCUUUUACAGUCAAUUGCACAUAACUUUUGCUCUGAUAAUCGCUUAAUGAUCAAUGAUUACUCUAUCUGUGUUCGUUGUGGGAUGUAUUUUCAUUUAUUUAACUAGCCAAGUCAGAUAAGAACAAAUUCUUAUUUACAAUGACGGGCUAGGAACAGCGGGUUCACCGCCUUACUCAGGGGCACAACGACAGAUUUUUACCUUGUCAGCUCGGGGGAUUCGAUCUUGCAACCUUUCGGUUACUGGCCCAACGCUCUAACCACUAGGCUACCCUGUCGCCCCCGGCUACCUGUCGCCCCCCGGCUACCUGUCGCCUCCCGGCUACCUGUCGUAAUAAAAUAGAUUGUAUGAAGAGAGAAGAUAGAUUGAGACACUGCUGUAUUGUCUGACAGAGAACGAAGAUGGAUGUCAGUAGAACAGACUAACAGCUUGCUUGGUGGAAUAGUUGUCCUUAUUUCAGAAGUAUAUUUUAGAAAGAGAACAGGAUGGUAGCGUAGCAUGAUUCAGUAUAGUGGACUGCUUUUGAAAGUCCCUUUUUCCCCAGAACAGAUACAGGUGAAGGACCAGCUAUAUAUUCUGUUGAUUCAUCUGGUUUACAGCUUGUACAGUAACUAAUUACCGCUAAAGUUGUCCCCUUUCUAGGUUAUGCCAUCAUGGUUCGUUAGGUGAGUUUCACCGGUAUGCACCUUGGUAUCAGCCAACAUACCACCUUGGUAUCAGCCAACAUACCACCUUGGUAUCAGCCAACAUACCACCUUGGUAUCAGCCAACAUACCACCUUGGUAUCAACCAACAUACCACCUUGGUAUCAAACUACAUACCACCUUGGUAUCAGCCAACAUACCACCUUGGUAUCAGCCAACAUACCACCUUGGUAUCAGCCAACAUACCACCUUGGUAUCAGCCAACAUACCACCUUGGUAUCAACCAACAUACCACCUUGGUAUCAACCAACAUACCACCUUGGUAUCAAACUACAUACCACCUUGGUAUCAACCAACAUACCACCUUGGUAUCA